AUGAAUAACGAUGCCAACAUUAACACUGCUAACGAGAUUUCAAAUGUUCUGAUAAACUCACGGAAAGAUACCACAGCCGGAGCCACAAAAUUUUUCCACCUGUCCAUAUCUCAGCAGCAUCCCCAGUACCAGCAGAUCAUCCAGCAAACCCUUCAACAGCAGCAACAGCAGCAAAGGAUGCAGCAGCUUCCAAAGAGGAAUAAUACUGCUACCCCUGAUGCAUUUAAUAAACAAUUUGCAUCUUUUGCCAUGAGGCAAAGCUUGGAAGACGAUAGAAUGAUUUUUUCAGAUGAGUCGAUAGGUGGGUUAGUAAAUUCAUCAACGGUAAAAACUAAAAUGCCUCACGUUGUAAAAUCAAUAAAACCUAACCCAUCUCGAACAAUUGGCUCUAGUGAGAUGUCAACAGAAACUUCGAAGCACAUCCCUAAUUUUUGUCUAACAACUAAGAGAAAAUUUUCUGAUAAUUCAGCAUCUACAACAUCAAAUGCUCAAGACGAUGAUGGAGAAUACGUGAAAUCGAAACAACCUAAAAAAGGUUUUUACAUUAGAAAAAGAGUGUCAGUAAAGAAAGUUGCUGAUUGUGAUGCUAAUGUUGCUGAACUACCAUCAUCUCAGUCAUUCCCACCAUCGCCUGCAUCACAAUCCUCAUCAUUUCCUUACAGUAGCAGUAGCCACAUCACCAAUCCAGACAUCUUGGAUAAAAGGUGGGUUGCAAUCGUCUCAAUGGCUUCUUCAUCUACAACAACAUCAACAAUUGCUACAGGCAGUAGUUUUAUUACUGCACUUAAUAAUAAUAACACUAAAUUAAAAAUGCAACCUGCUCCUAAAAGAAAGAAGAAUGACAAUAUUGGUUCUCUUCCUAAUCCUAAUUUAAGUUCAGAUUUUGUUGAAAUAACUCCUACCACCCAACAACAACAACCACAGUGUGUUGAGUUAGAACAAAAUUUUAUGAAAAAUUUAACUAGAUUAGUGCCACAGAAGCCAAAACAACAGUCACAACAACGAAAACAACAACAACCAAAGAAUCCAGUCCAAAAACAAUCUAAAAAACGACAGCAACACUCAAAGUUUAAUGCCAAACAACAGGAGUUUAAGAAACAAUUGCAGCAACAACAACAGGACCUUUUGCAACAACAUCAAUUACAACAACAUCAAUUACAACAACAUGAAUUACAACAACAUCGAUUACAGCAGCAACAAAAACUUAGCCAAAUUCAGUCAGAUUCUGAUCACAUUCUCUUACAAAAUGCUCCAAUUAGUGCUGAUGACUUUAACCAACAGCCAGAACAAUUACAACAAAAGCAUCAGUAUGGUUUUGAAUCAGUUCACGAGGACAUCAAUGCUACCAGCAGUGCCAACAACAACAACAACAAUGAUGAUACCAUGACCGCAAUGACAUCAUCAUUUGAGUCGACAAAAUAUUUAUUAGUUGAGAAUGAAGAAUAUCUCGUUUAUUUCCCUGAUGGCACGACAAGAAGAUGUAGAUAUGUCAACACCACGAUGGCAUCAACAGUGGUUCAAUCGACGUCACUGAUGGCCACAACAUCGGAUCCAUGCACCCAGGAUGGAGUUAAUGAAGCUAAUGACAAGAACAACAUCAGUGAUCUUCACGAAGAGAGUGCUGCAGUUGGACCUAGUGAGGUUGACGAAAACGAUAUCGGCGUUGGAAAGGAUGUUGAUGAUUUUUCUGGUGGCUUUAAGCAGCAACAACAGCAGCAGCAGCAACAACAGCAGCAUUUGAGAUUACAGCAAUCUGCAGUACUGAAUUCAGGCAAUCAACAGUUUUCCAUAAAAUUGAAUCCGCAACAGUUACUACUGCUACAACAGCAGCAACAACAAAAACAACUACAACAACUGCAGCAGCUACAACUACAGCAGCCAAAUCCAAUGACAACAAAUGACAUCAUUAACACACCACAUUCAACGACGUCAUCUUUGCCAACUUCAACAUCUUUACCUCCAGUUGUGUCAUCAUUAUCAGUACUUCCGUUGUUGUCAUCGUCGUUAUCAUCAUCGCCGUUGUUUUUAUCAUCAUUGCCAUCAUCAUCAUCAUCAUCAUCAUCUUCUUCUUCAUCAUCUCCUGUUGUCAAUAAACCACCUCUGAAGCAGAUUAUACUACUGCAACCUCAGAACCAAAAACAUAAGGUCUCUACCUUAGGCAGCCAACAGCAGCAGCAGCUUCUGCAGCAACAACAGUUGAAAUCUUUGUGCAUGUCUCAGCAACAGUUGCAGCAACACCCUGCCAAUACUUUCAUUAUAAAACCUCAGUACCAGCCCUUUCUACAACAACCUCAGCAAGUGGUCAUUUUAAACAGUCCAGCUUCCAUUACAAACAGCAUCAAUAGCAGUAACAACAACAACACCAACAACAACAUCAAUAACAAUAAUACAAUGAUAAUGAUAGCCUCCCAAGCCACGAAGAAUUUUUUGACGUCAUUCAAAUUCCUGAACACUAAUAACUCAAAAAUCAUGCUUUCGUCAUCGUCGCCAUCAUCAGCCGCGACAACAUCAGCAACAGUCAUGUCGUCCUCAUUGUCGUCUGCAAAAUAUUUUAACAACAACAACAACAACAACAACAACAAGAUAAAAAAUAGUUAUAAUUCUUUGGCUUCCCAUCCAGCAGAACAUGAUAUAGUACAGAUAUUAUCAUCAGAUGACGAAGAAGAGGAUAAUAACAACAAUACUACUACUACUACUACUACUACUGCUGCUGCUACUUUUUCUACUACUGCAUCUCCUACAACUAUUUCUACUACUACAACUACUUCUACUACUACAACUACUUCUACUACUACAACUACUUCUACUGCUACAAUUACUACUUCUGCUACAACUGCUUCUUCUUUUUCUAACCCCGAAGUUGUAAGCACUUUUAGUAAUGCAAAUACUACAGCCACCACUACUACUACUAAAAACGAUGCUACUGCAGCGACUUCUACUACUACUGCCGACGCUGCCACAGUCACAGUUACUUCUACUGUUGCUAUUACUGCUAAUGAAACUCUUACUGAUAGUACCAUGAAUAGCGGUAGUAAUUCUGCUACAGUUAAUUCCGACUCAAGUUUGACUGAUGUGAAGCUACUGCAAAAACAAACCCAACAGCAGUCAACAAUCUUGCAACAGGCGCAACAAAAACUACCACAGCAGCCACAGAGUCAAGAGCAAGCCAAACAAGACACACAGCAUUCACCACAGCACUCAAAUCCACAACAACCAGCACAGCCACAGCAGCCACAACUGACUCUGAUGAACGAAACGUACGUCAUGACAUUAAUGUCGAAACUCCAACGACACACUAUGGCAUCGUUCAGUCAUCACAUCCCCGUCCAUGUCAUGCUGGCUGACUGGACCACUAAUGUCAUCCAAGCUGCCCUAGGCUCCAGUAAGACACACUCCAACCAGGGGAACGCCAAACAUGUUUCACUUUCACAUUCUACAGCCGCUGCUGCUGCUACUGCUACUACUUCUACUACAAAAGCUACUGCAUUUUCUUCUACAAGUUCAACAGUUCUUUUGAAAAAUACCAUCAGUACAUCUGCUAUUUCAGCUAAUAGUAACACGAUCAAAGGUAAUAAUAGUUGUAAUCUGACAAGUUUUCAACUGUUUCCGAAUCUGUUGAACAUGAAGUUUCAAACCAACACCACCACCACCUCCAACAACAACAGCAACAACACUGCUAGUGGUGCUAACAAGCUGUUUUAUAUAGUAACAAACAACAACAGCAGCAACAAUCAAACUAACUUGCAACAACAACAACAACAGCAGCAGAUAAAAAUAGUUCAGGGUUUCCCUCACUCCUUAUCAGCUGCAGCAAGAUUAUGCAGCUCAGCACCUUCAAAUGACGAUGAUGACCUUGACCCAGAUAAAAGUAGGUCACCAUCUCCACAGAGGUCGUCUUUUAAUGGACCUACUGUCAAGCCUGAGCAAGUCAGGCAUUCGAGAGUAAAAACUUGGACCCGACACGUGGACUUGUUUAAGAAAGAUUUCAUCAUUGUGCCUAUAAAUGAAAGUGCCCAUUGGUACCUAGCUAUCAUAUGCUUCCCUGGCUUGUCAGAGGCUGUCGUCGAGCAGAUAAAUAUAGAAAGGCCCGUCAAUAACAAUGAUGGGACGACGGCGACUGCAAAUCUCAUUAGCAGGACUUCUAAAAUUAGAUUCAAGCAGCCUUGCAUAUUGAUUUUUGAUUCUUUGGCAGUACCAUGUAGGUAUGCUGUGGUCAGAGCUCUGAGAGACUAUCUACAAGAAGAGUGGAAUGCAAAGAAAAGGAAAACAGAGGGCGAAAGACUAUUCACCAAAGACAAUUUUGUUGGGGCCUUUCCUAGGUGCCCCCUACAAACAAACUACAGUGACUGCGGUGUCUAUGUUCUGCAGUAUGUUGAGAGCUUCUUUCAGAAUCCAAUUAUCGACUACGUCUUCCCGAUAACGAGCACGGUCAACUGGUUCCGGCAGGACGUCGUGGCCAAUAAGAGGAAGUUCCUGCAGAAGUUAGUGAACGAGCUGAAGGACAAGCUCAAUCCGUCCUUAAAAUAUGACCCAUUUAACGACGAACUCAAUCCAAUCGUAAACCCCGAAACUGGGUCAAUCAGUAAUAAUAAUAAAAAUAAUAAUAACAACCCUGAAUUGAAAGAUGUUGAUAUAUCACCAUGUAAUAAUAACACCAACAACAAUAAUAUUAAUAAUAACAAUACUAACCUGGUUAGUGCUCAGAGUAUAAAUUCACUUUUACUCAAUGCUUACAAAGCAGCAGUAUCAACAGCUACUACAGCAGCGACUGCAACUGCAACGACAGUGAUGAUGUCCUUGCCUCAAACGUUUAACAAGAACAUAUUCGACCUAGCUAAAAGGUUAUCCAUCCCCACGGCCUCUACUGGAAGGCACAUCACUAAAAAUGUUAAUCUAAACUUAGCCGGCCAGCAGCAGAUUCAAAAUUUCACUAACCUCGGUGCCACUAAUUUCAUUGGUAAAUUAACGUCCGGGAUUGCCCCAAAUACUGCUUGUAAUUUUACCACUACUCUCCCUACUGCUACUUCUUCUACCGCUGCUCCUGUGUCUUCUGCCGCUUCUACAUCUACUACUACUUCUACUACAGCUAAUUAUAUUACUAAUACUAUUGCAGUUAUAACUUCUCCUAUUACUACUACUACUACUUUUCCUACUAGUAUAAAUGAUACUGCUACUGAUACUACAACUAAUAACUUCAUGCAAGUUGAUGAUGAUAAUAUCUCUAAUACAAGUUUUCUAUCAUCUUCUGGUAAUUUUUCUAUUACUACCACUACUACUUCUACUACUAUUACUGCUGCUGCUGCUGCUACUACUACUACUAAUAAUAAUAAUUUUGAUAAUGAUGUUGCUAAUAUUGGUACCGUUAGUAUAGAAGGUAAUAUUAUUAGUAAUAAUGUAAAUAAAGAUUUUAACAGUAAUGGAAAUAAUAGUAGUAGUAGUAAUAAUAAUAGUAAUAAUAAUGAUAAUAAUGAUGAUAGUGGUAGCGGUACUACGCUGGCUAAGAAGAGAGAUAUUGAUAGCAGGGAGGAGGUGGUCUAUGGUGAGGAGAGAGCUGUGAAGAGGUUCAAAUCGUGCACUGAUGGUGAAUGUAAGCCUGCUGGUGGCCUACAACAGUACCAGCAGCAGAUGGAAUAUUUAACAUUGGUAAAUACUAAACCUAUUAAUACUCUCAGUAAUUGCAAUCCUGCUUCUGCCUCUAUUUCUACUACUGCUUUUGCUACUGCUGUUGCUUCUUCUGCUGCUAUUACUGCUAUUACUCUUGUUCCUUUUACUACUAAAACUGAUUUUGCGGCUACUGCCGCUACUUCUACUACUACAACAGCAAUAGCAACUGCUGCUGCUGCUAAUCCAAUGCAUAUUUCUAUGGAUAUUAACGCGAAUACUUCUAAUACGACUGUAGCUACAACUUUUUGUAACUUCAAUGUCACAGACGGUGAUAAUGUAAACGCCACUCCUGCGUACGCUACAUCGCUUGAUGACGUCAACAUCAACAACAACGACAACAACAACAGCGACAAUAACACUAAUAGCAGUAACGAUGGUACGAAUUUUUUCCCUAGCACAACUUACUCAACAUCUGACAACGUUAUAUUCGGAGUCAGUAAUUCAGUAAAGUUACUUUCUGGUGUUGGCAACAAUAGUUUAGAGUCUGCACUUUGUGGUAGUAGUAGUAGUAGUAGUAGUGGUAGUGGUGGUGGUACCACCGAUGGUAGUAGUUAUUCAGCUACCGGUAUGUGUGUGGAUACUAAUGUUACUACUACUGCUACAACUACUAAUAAUAAUCAUGAUGAUAAUACUAUCAAUGCUAAUAGUAUAGACAAUGCAAUAAGUAGUUGUAAUAGUGAUGGGAAUUUUUUAAAAGUCAGUGAUGGAAAAGUAGACGGUGUUACCAAAGAGUGUUUGGAAGAUUUAAACGUGAUCCAACAACAGCAACAACAACAACAGAUACAACAGCAACAUAUACAACAACAACAGAUACAGCAACAGCAAGUACAUCAACUAUUGCAACAACGGCAGUAUCAACAAUCUUUUUCUCAGCAUUUAAACCAACACAACAACAACAACAACACAGACAAAAAGAAUAUUUCUGACGAAAAGUUUGACACCGUUUCAUCUGUUGCUGAACUACAACAACAACAACAACAACAACUUAUAAUACAUCAACAGGAAUUUACAGACAAUAAAGAUGACAUCAGCUCACACGACAUCAGCGAAAUAAACAACAGCAUGGAUAUUGUUGAAGACAGCAGCAGUGAUAGUCAGAAGCCCAAUGACAUUAACCAACCAUUGCUAUUUUGA